CUACACAUGAUUAAGGAAGAAUUCUCAUGGAACAAUGUUCCUCUACUUUCGGCUGCCGUCGGUCAAGCGACAUUGACAUUUCCCUUAGCAGUGCUUUCUAUACAAUCCACUUUUUCGGACAAACAUACGCGAAACUUUUCGUAUAUCAUGGUUUAUUGUUACAUGUAAAUACGUACUGAUUAGAGGGAAAGCUCGGAUUUAAAAGAAAUAGAUACGUUCAUUAAUUAGUGCAAACAGAAGCUGUUUACUGUUUAUAUUUAAUACAAGUACACCUUAAAUAUUUUACCAAGAGAUAUAAGUUUGACCACAAACUUGGAAUACGAACAGACGUCUGGUGUAAUAGGAUUUUCCGUCUAUCGUCCGAGAAGUCUUUAGAACUUAUACAUACCAAUUUAGCGUUGCGCUUGACGUUACCGAUAGUCCUUGAAUUAGGGCUGUUAAUAGGAAUAGAGUAUAUUGUAUACACUUCGUUCAUAUUUAUAUGAUGAAAAUAACGUUUACGAAAUAUCUUACUAUCUUCCUCUAGUGACUCAACUGUAAUUUAAGGUCAACACUAUAUAAUGCAAAUAUUUCACUAUUCUCAAUUAAAAGUGUCAUUUUUAUAAAUGAAAACAGACAAAUGUACCUUUAAACUUGAACAACGAAAUGUCUAACUUAAGUUUACUAUAUCUGCUCCAAUCCUACAACGUCAAUGGCCGCUACUGUCAUUAGUAUAUCAGCCGUCAUUAUUUUGACAGAAGUUGAGUUUUCCUCUAACCUAUACUUUCGUGUUAAAUUCUUCUGAUCUAUAUCAACAGUUGAAAUUCAUGCUGUGUUUUAAAAGAUUUUUAGAGAGAAAUAUAAUUGCAACAUUUUUAAGGCGGAGCUGUGGGCAUGAUCGUAGAUCAAUGAUCGAGGCUAGAAGUAUGUGCGAUCGAUACUUACUUGUUCACAAAUAGGAAAAGUUUUGUAUUCAAUUGAAAUCAAGAAGAUGGGUCCUCCACCGGUGGUCACGGGAAUAUCUCCGAAGGAAGGACCUCCAGGGACCCGUGUUAUCGUUCGCGGUGAAUUCCUGGGAAACAAGAUUCAAGACCUCAUAGGUUUAACGAUAUGUGGGUGUGACUGUCUAUUAUCCGCGGAAUGGAAAUCUAGCAAUAAGAUUAUUGCUAGGUCAGGACCUUGUAAAGGUCGUGGGGACAUUAUAGUUACCACUCGGAGUGGCGGACAGGGGACUUCAACAGUACAAUUCCGUGGAUACCAUGAAACCAUAGGCCCUAUGAAAGAGUCAGCAGUGUGGGUAGAAGAAGCUCCUUUGCAAAGUUUUGUAUGGGGAAGAAGAACACUUUCUCCGACCAAUUAUCAACAGGAAGAUCCUCUAGGUCUAAGUGUAGAAGGCAAUGACAAAAAGUUUCCUGAAGAUGAGUUAAUGGAACUUUUUGGAGAAGGUAGUGGUGAUUUGACCAAUGAAAAAUUUCAUCCUGGUUGGUUUCUAUUGCAACAUCAUCAUGCUACCACUUUUGAAGAUUUAAAAGCUGGAUUAGCAUAUCUUAAACGGAAAGUGAAUUCUCAGAAAGAGGGUCAAUUAUCAUUCUUGAAGGCUAAUGUAGGAUCAGUAAUGGAACAAUUAGAUACUAUAAUGUUGUUAAAAGACCAAUUCGAAACAGAUAUAAAAACUUAUGGUAGCGAUCCUACUGAGAAAUUAGAAAAAGCUAUUCAACAGUCUAUGUCUGAAGCUAAUAAAUUAUUUGAUGAUGUGUUAGCUAGAAGAGAUAGAGCAGAUGCAACGAGAAAUGCUUUAGCUGUAAUGCAACGAUAUAAGUUCCUUUUUUGUAUGCCAAUUAAUAUAGAGAAGAAUAUAAAACGAGGAAAUUACGAUCUCGUAAUUAAUGAUUAUGCUAGAGUAAAGAAUUUAUUUAAAACCACAGAGGUGGAAGUCUUCAAACGAGUAUUACAAGAGAUCGAUGAUAGAAUCGAUAUGCUCAAAAUAUUUCUACAUAAGAAACUAGAAGAAAUGCCUUUAAGUUUGGAAGAACAUAAAAAGAUCAUAAGAAAUCUUGUUAAUCUGGAUGCUGAAGGGGACCCAGCGUGGGACGCGAUAGUUUCACACGCAAAUUACCUGAAGAAAAAUAUUACAGCUUGCGUACAGGAACACUUAGAAUCUGACAAUUCAAGUGGAGAUGAUUUAAAUAAAACAAAAUCUGCACAAAACAAUAAACAAUUAAAAUUUAAUAAAGGCGAUGGGACUAAUAUGCCCCCACAAAUAUUGUGUAUUGAAGCAAUUUGUGAUAUUAUAGUCGAACAAUUACCAGAUCUUUGGAGAUUGGGUCAAAGUUAUUUUACUGGACAGUUACACGUUGCAGUGGAUGUAGAAAAACAAACACCUUUCAAAAAUCUUGUGCUAUCUAGCAUGCAACACGCAAUGGAAGCUAUGAGAAAUACAUGUAGCAAUGAUUUAGAUGCAGUUUGGCUUUUACACAUCUUACGCAGAAUUAGGCAAAUGUAUGCUUCAUUGAUUCAUUUGGAUUUGCCAAGCGACGCACUGGAUAUUUUUGGAAAACUUAUAUUAGAUCUAAGAUUACAGUGCUUCGCUACCCUCUUUAAACAAACAGCAGAGAACAUAGCAGCUUUAAAUAAGAAAGAAACUUGGCAAAUUGAAUAUUUAAACGAAGACGGCGGCGUUACAAGAGUGCCAUAUUUAUUCGAGGAAAUGGUGAUGGAAGUUUCAAAGCGAGCACGGGAUACAGUUGUUGCUUGCGGUCCGCGAGAAGGUGCACUGUUCGCUAAUCCUGCCCAUCAACAAUUAUAUUAUAACUCCAUUAAAGCGUUGUUCACAUCGUUUGCACGAUGUCUGCAACAGUUAGCAUUCAGUGGCUGUGAGGAGGCUUUAGACGACGAUGAAUCCUCUGUUUCUCAGUUAAUUGGUUCUCCUUCCGGCUAUAAAAGCAAGAGCAACAAGCAUCAAGGCCCAACAUGGGAGCAAUGCCUUUUGAUCUCAUUAAGUAAUAUUCGAUAUACAUUAAAUACCAUUCUACCAAAAAUUGGAGACGCGUUGAAGGAAUUGGAUUACCCAAGCUUAUCGAAUGCAGUUGGCUGGAACUCUGAUUGGACACAGUUGGAAACGUUGGAUACUGCCGUUUUAGAUGCUUAUUUGGAACGUCGUUGUGACCCAUUGGUCGGUACAAUCGAGCCUAGUAUGUAUUUAGGUGGCCUGGAGUGGGAUUUUGAAACUGAACCUACUCAUGUAAAGCCAUAUGCACAGGAAAUACUGGCGAAUCUAAUCGCAGUACAUGCAGAAGUACGUCGUGUCGCGCCAGCUUUAUUGCAACGAGUUCUGUCUCACAUUGUUGAAACUGUGGCAGAAGAGCUCGCAAGACUUAUGUCAUGUGUUACUCAAUUUCGACCUGCGGGUGUUAUUCAAGCACGAACCGACAUUACACUUCUACGAAAUGCCUUGCAGUCUUACAGUACAACUAGAGCAAAAAACUUCUUCGAGGAGGCCUUGGACGCUAUACCCCAACCAGUCAGCAAAGAAGACUGUAUGCGAAUCGACAUGCUGUUGUCGAAAGUAACAACAUCCAUGCAGUUACAGUUAUCGUGUCUGGCCAGUAAUAUAAAUAAUACAUCGCAACUGGUAGCCGAUCCCAAUCGCAUUACCACUGUAUAGUUCUAAUAUAGUACUUUAAGGACCUAAUUUAUUAUACUCGCCGUUAUAUUUUUAUACCGUUCCAACGGGAUUCUCUACAUUAGUCUCCAUUUUAUGGCUUUCGUCUUGAAUAAAAUGAAUGACAUCUCGAAAUGGUAAAAUUGUAAAAACAAAUAUGCUCGAUACGCAGGAAAAAUAAAACUUGUU